CCCCCACCGCCCCGCCAAACUGGAUCUGGGAGCCUGGAAGCGGCUGGCCGGCUGGGUGGGCAGCGCCAUGGGCAACGCGGCUGGCAGCGGGGAGCAGCCCCCGGCCCGGGAGGGCAGGACCCCCCAGCCCGCCCCCGCCGCAGGGACCCCCAAGCAGCCCAUGCCCGGAGCCGGAGAGCUGGAGGAGAGGUUCAACCGGGUCCUGAACUGCAUGAACCUGCCCCCUGACAAGAUGCAGCUCCUCAGCCACUAUGACAGCGAGAAGAAGUGGGAGCUCAUUUGUGACCAGGAGCGGUUUCAGGUGAAGAACCCGCCCGCCGCCUACAUCCAGAAGCUGAGGAGUUACCUGGACACCGGGGCCGUCGGCAGGAAGUUUAAGAGGCGGGUCCAGGAGUCCACCCAAGUGCUGCGGGAACUUGAGAUCUCCCUGAGGACCAACUACAUCGGGUGGGUGCAGGAGUUCCUGAAUGAGGAGAACCGCGGUCUGGAUGUGCUCUUGGAGUACCUGGCCUUCGCCCAGUGCGCUGUCACGUAUGACAUGGAGAGCACAGACAAUGGUACCCCGAGUCCUGAGAAGCUCAAGCCCCUGGAGAGGUCAGUGGAGGACCUCAGCAAGGGUCCUUCUUCGCCCCCACAGAUGUCCUCCAGGACCCGACACCUGACUGUCAGGCUGCCCCCGGCCCACAGCAGGAAAGCCCUGAGGAACUCCCGCAUCGUCAGCCAGAAAGACGACGUGCACGUCUGCAUCAUGUGUCUCCGUGCCAUCAUGAACUACCAGACUGGCUUCAGCCUUGUGAUGAGCCACCCGGCCUGUGUCAAUGAGAUCACCCUGAGCCUCAACAACAGGAGCCCCAGGACGAAGGCUUUGGUGCUGGAGCUGUUGGCAGCGGUGUGCCUGGUGCGGGGUGGGCACGAAAUCAUCCUGGCCGCCUUCGACCACUUCAAAGAGGCCUGUGGGGAGAAACAUCGGUUCGAGAAGCUGAUGGAGUAUUUCCGGAACGAAGAGAGCAACAUCGACUUCAUGGUGGCCUGCAUGCAGUUCAUCAACAUCGUGGUCCACUCUGUGGAGAACAUGAACUUCCGGGUCUUCCUUCAAUACGAGUUCACCCACCUAGGUCUGGACCUCUUCCUGGAGACCCUGCGGCACACGGAGAGCGACAAGCUGCAGGUCCAGAUCCAGGCCUACCUGGACAACGUCUUCGACGUGGGGGCCCUGCUGGAGGACACGGAGACCAAGAACACGGUCCUGGAACACAUGGAGGACCUGCAGGAUCAGGCCGCCCAGCUGACAGAGCAGCUCCGGGGCGCGGAGAACGAGUCCAUGGCCAAGAUCGCCGAGCUGGAGAAGCAGCUGAGCCAGGCCCGCAGGGAGGUGGAGCUGCUGCGGGAGCGGUUGAGCGAGACCUCGGGCCCGGAGGGCUCCCGGCCCCCGCGGGAGGCGAAGAUAUCCGUGGCCCCGGCUAGGCCCUCGGCCCUGGAGCUGAAGGUGGAGGAGAUGGAGGAGAAGGGGUUAAUUCGGAUCCUCCGGGGACCCGGGGAAGAUGAUGUAGCCAUCGAGAUUGUCCCCGUUGUUGUGGCAACUCCAGUCUCCAUGGAGAUGACGGAGGAAGCGUCCCCUUCUGCCACCAGCUCAGAUGUCCCAGAGGCUGCCCAACCCCCGGCCACCCCGCCGCCUCUGCUCAGCACCCACCCACCCACCCAACAGGAAAGCCCACCUUCUGAGCUCCCACCCGCCCCACCCCUUCCCGGGAGUCCAGAUCUGCCCCCUCCGCCUGACGGACUGCCCCCUCCUCCUCCCCCUCCCGGGGGUCCGGCCGCAGCGUUCGGGGACCAGUGUCCAGCGGCCGGCUCAGUCAAGGCCAAGCAGCCGAUCCAGACCAAGUUCCGGAUGCCCCUCUUCAACUGGGUGGCACUGAAGCCCAACCAGAUCACGGGCACCGUCUUCACCGAGCUCAACGACGAGAAAGUGUUGCAGGAGCUGGACAUGAGUGACUUUGAGGAGCAGUUCAAGACGAAGUCUCAAGGCCCCAGCGUGGAUCUGAGCGCCCUCAAGGUGAAGGUGGCCCACAAGGCUCCCAGCAAGGUGACCCUCAUUGAGGCCAACCGGGCCAAGAACCUGGCCAUCACCCUGCGCAAAGGCAACCUGGGCGCUGACCGCAUCUGCCAGGCCAUCGAGACGUACGACCUGCAGGUCCUGAGCCUGGACUUCCUGGAGCUGCUGAGCCGGUUUCUGCCCACGGAGUACGAGCUGACCCUGAUCCAGCGCUACGAGCGGGACCAGAGGCCCGUGGACCAGCUUUCCGACGAGGACCGCUUCAUGCUGCGCUUCAGCCGCAUCCCCCGCCUGGCCGACCGCAUGGCCACCCUGGCUUUCUUGGGCAACUUCGCCGACACCAGCCAGCUGCUCAUGCCGCAACUGAACGCCAUCAUCGCGGCCUCCAUGUCGGUCAAGUCUUCGGACAAACUCCGCAACAUCCUGGAGAUCGUGCUGGCCUUCGGCAACUACAUGAACAGCAGCAAGCGAGGCUCCGCCUACGGUUUCCGGCUGCAGAGCCUGGACAUGCUGCUGGAGAUGAAGUCGACGGACAGGAAGCAGACGCUCCUGCACUACCUGGUGCGGGUGAUCGGCGAAAAAUACCCGCAGCUCACUGGCUUCCACACGGACCUCCACUUCCUGGACAAGGCGGGGGCAGUGUCCCUGGACAGCGUCCUGCAAGACAUGCGGGCCCUGCAGAAAGGCAUGGAGCUGGCCCGGCGUGAGUUCAUGCGCCAGGAUGACAACCCCGUGCUCAAGGACUUCCUCAAGGCCAACGGCGACGUCAUGGAGAAGCUGCUGGCCGACAGCAAGACCGCCCAGGAGGCGUACGAAUCCGUGGUGGAGUACUUUGGUGAGAACCCCAAGACCACGCCCCCCUCCAUGUUCUUUCCGGUGUUCAGCCGCUUCAUCAAGGCCUAUAAGAAAGCGGAGCAGGACGUGGAGCUGUGGAAGAAGCAGGAGGUGGCGGCCGUCUCGGAGGAAGGGCCGGACGCCCCGGGGAAAGCCGAACUCAAGGAACCCAAGUCCCCCACCCACAAAGCCCGACGGCAGCAGAUGGAUCUGAUCUCGGAGCUGAAGAGGAAACAGCAGAAGGAGCCGCUAAUCUACGAGGGUGACCGGGAUGGGGCCAUUGAGGACAUCAUCACCGAUCUGCGGAGCCAACCUUACCGGGCCGACGUAGGCCGCCGCAGCGGCCGCAGAAGGGGCCCGGGCCCCCCCCUGCAAGUAACCUCCGACCUCUCGCUGUAGGCCGCAGAGCCGGGGUCUGGAUCCUCGCGUCCAGGCUCCCUCCGGGCAGACCCCUCCGGAGGGCAGGACUCAAGCCGUGACUCCUCGGCCCGUCCGUGGGGGUGGGAGGGCGGGGGGGCUGGGCCGGACUCUGCUCCUUCCAAAUCCGGCCCGCAUCCCCCAUCCUCCUGUGCCCAUCCUCCACACUGCACCUUCACUCCGGGCUCCCUCCCUCGCCGGGUUAGCCUUCGGCCCUCGCCCGGUGGCGAGAACGAGGGUCAAGGGGGAGUCCCGCCCUCUCCGCAGGUGAGCCUCUGCCCCUGCUCUGGGCUCCGCACUUCGCCCCCCGCCCCCAGAGGGUAGCACAGCUUGGCCCCUCCACCCCGACCCCCGACGACGGUGCGGUGGCCGCCACCCUCCCGCCCCCCACCCCGGCCCCUCUCGGAAGCCAUACCCAGCCGCUGCCGCUCCCACCGCCGAGCGGCCCGCCGGGACCCCAGCCUGUAAUUUAUCAGAUGCCUUGUCCCCUCCCACCCCCCUCAGAGCAAUCGCACCCGCUGGGAUCUUAUUUUUAUACGGAGCCUGCCCUGGCUCGGCCAAUAAACUGGUUUGGAAGAGAC